AUGGAUGGGGCUCAGUUUGCUAGGCAAAUAGCUGAGGCCAUACAACAGUUGAUGAUGACCUCACAUGGUGGGACUCAACCCCAAGCUAGUGGGUCUGGGUCUAGAGCCAUCACUGCUAUGAGGGAGUUUCGACGAAUGGAUCCACCCGAAUUUCGUGGUAAGCUCGAUCCAAUGGUGGCAGAAGAUUGGAUGGAGCAGGUCAAGAAGAUCUUAGAUACUAUCAGGGUGCAUGAGAAUGAGUUGAGGGUCUCUUUUACUUCUUUUCAAUUCACUGGUGAUAUUGCUCAGUGGUGGAAGAUAAUCAAGAGCACCCAUAAUGUUGAGGUUAUAGAGUGGGGUACCUUUACUAAGCUUUUCCUGGACAAAUAUUUUCCAGAAGUUGCGAGGGACACAAAAAGGGACGAGUUCAUGUUUCUAAUACAGAGUAGUAUGACAGUGAACCAGUAUGAGGCAAGUUUCACUAGGCUGUCACGAUUUACGCCAGAAGUGAUUGCUAUAGAAGAGUAUAAGUGCAAGCGAUUUGAAAAGGGACUCAGGCUUGGUAUUAGGGAAAGGAUUAUACCACAAGAGCUGUGUAAUUACUCAACACUAGUCCUGUUAGUUGAGGAGAGCUUGCGGGACACCAAGAGGAUUUUGGAAUCCAAAUCUCAGUCUGGGGGUUCCAACUCACAGCCUGGGGAUCGCCCUAAAAAGAGGCAAAGGGAGGAUAAUGCACAUUCUCAGGGGCAGUGCUAG